AUGGCUACUGUUGGCGCCAGCUCGGCUGCCAAGGAUAUUAAGAGAGAAUCCGGAACUGCGCGAUUACUCGGCUCUGGAUCCGCUGGUAUUGCGGAAUUGCUUGUUUUCCAUCCUGUUGAUACGAUCGCAAAACGAUUGAUGAGCAACCAAGGCCAGUCCAACACAGCUGCUGCCCUGAACCAGGUCAUUUUCAAGGAAUAUGCGACUGCCUCUGUGGGCCGGAAAUUCACCUCUCUCUUCCCGGGUCUCGGAUAUGCUGCUGGAUACAAGGUCCUCCAACGAAUCUAUAAAUACGGCGGUCAACCUUUCGUCCGCGAUUACCUAGCACAAAAUCACGGUUCGGUAUUCGAAUCAACCUUUGGCAAGGGAACUGGAAAGGCUAUCAUGCACGCUACCGCUGGAAGUAUCGUCGGAAUCGGUGAAAUCGUCCUCUUGCCCCUCGACGUCCUCAAAAUCAAACGCCAGACCAACCCCGAAGCCUUCCGUGGCCGUGGUCUGUUCAAGAUCAUCUCCGAUGAAGGAAUGGGUUUGUACCGUGGUGCUGGAUGGACGGCUGCUCGUAACGCGCCUGGUUCAUUUGCUCUCUUCGGUGGCUCCGCCUUCGCAAAGGAAUACAUCUUCUCCCUGCAAGACUACAACGCCGCAACCUGGGGCCAAAACUUCGUCGCCUCCAUCUUCGGUGCCAGCGCAUCCCUCGUCGUCUCCGCACCUCUAGAUGUCAUCAAAACCCGUAUCCAGAACCGAAACUUUGAGAACCCCGAGUCUGGUACCAGAAUCAUCGCGAAUAUGAUCAAGAACGAAGGUGCAGGCGCCUUUUUCAAGGGCCUUGUACCCAAGCUAUUGAUGACCGGUCCCAAGCUGGUGUUUAGCUUCUGGUUGGCUCAGACUUUGAUUCCUGCUUUCGGAAAGGUCCUUUAA